GCAGUGAGCAACGGGCCCUAGGGCUGGAGGUGGAAAAGGCGACGCGAACUGUUGCUCCUGGUGGGGUGCACGGUCGCUAAAAUGGCGCCGUCCGGGAGUUCUUUGCUAACCUUCAUAGCAUUGGUGCUAUUGCUGUGUGGGACUCCGGGGAUCCAAGGACUGUGGAGACAUGUGAGGACCAUCACGGACAAGAACUGGAAGGAACUGCUGGAAGGGGAAUGGAUGAUUGAAUUUUAUGCUCCAUGGUGUCCUGCUUGUCAGAACCUUCAGCCAGAGUGGGAAGAUUUUGCUGAGUCGGGGGAAGAUCUUGAGGUUAAUAUUGCAAAAGUGGAUGUCACAGAGCAGCCAGGUCUUAGUGGUCGGUUUAUCAUAACUGCGCUUCCCACUAUCUACCACUGUAGAGAUGGAGAAUUUAGAAGAUAUCAAGGCCCCAGGACUAAAAAGGACUUUAUAAGUUUCAUAAAUGACAAACAGUGGAAAAAUAUUGAACCUAUUUCUUCAUGGUUUGGGCCAGGUUCUUUUCUUAUGAGCAGUAUGUCAGCUCUUUUUCAGCUGUCUAUGUGGAUUAGGACUUGCCAUAACUAUUUUACAGAAGACCUUAAAAUACCAGUUUGGGGAUCCUAUGCAAUUUUUGCCUUAGCAACUCUGUUCUCAGGCCUAAUACUAGGACUUGUUAUGGUAUUUGUGGCAGACUUCCUUUGUCCUUCGAAAAGGAAUAAACCACUGCAGUAUACUUAUUCAAAAAAACUGCUGCCAGAAUCUGCCCAUCUUUUGAAAAAAUUGGAACAGGAACAAGAGGAAGAUGAAGAGGAUCAUUCAUAUGAUGAAUCAGAGAACAAAAAUCCAUCUAAAAAAGACUUUUCACAGACUGCAAUGAGACAACGCAUUGUCAGUCCUCUUUCAGUAGUUGAUAAGUCUUAGUUCUUAGUUAAUUUAAAAGUUAUUAUUGUGACAAAAGUAUGAAGAAUGAUAAAUGAUAAUCUAACCUUUUGGUUUGAAAUAACUGACUUGUACAUUGUAGCAGUUAGAUAUCUUUUCAAUAAAUUCAACAGUUUACCUUUAAAAAAUAGUAUUAGCAUCUGGAAUGGAAUCCUGAAAGAGGCUUUGAAAACGAGAAGAACCUGGUGUCGAACAAUAAGAUAAAUAUCUUUUUUUCUUUAAUUAUAACUUGUUUACCUUUUGGGGGAAUUUAAAGAGUUUAUGCUAAUCAAUUCUAGAGAAAACAUUUGUAAAACUUCUUAAUUUCACUUUUGGAAAAAAUUAAGUAAAACUCUUCACUGUAAGUGAGAAUUUUCCUAGUGUCUUGUAAAGAAAAUAUAUUUCACAGUAAACUUUUAUCUUUUGUAGUGCUGUAGGCCAAAUGUCCCCCCAUGUCUAUAUUAAUAUUGUUAAUAAAAAUGACUGCUUUUAAUUAUA